AUGGACGAAGAAAUGGAGGAUUUCAUUGAAGAAUGCUUCGAGGUUUCUGAAUUUGAUCCGGGUUACGAGUAUGAUUCUGCUCGGUUCUUCGAUUUUACUCGGCCGGAGACGAAUUCUGAGACAGAUGAAGCCGAGCGCUGGUUUGAAUUCGCCGGAAGUUAUCCGCCUUCGCCUUUCAUUGUAAAGUUAAACUUGGGAAAUUACAUUAUUGUGGAAGAUGUGAAUGCCUCUCCACACUUAGAACAUGCAAGUGCCUCUCUAAACUCAAAUGGCGACAUUGACUCCAAAGUUUCUACAUCAGAAGAGAGCGACCAAGGACUGAAGUAUCAUACUUGCAUGGCUCAAGACAUUUCGAAAGCUAAAAGAAAUUCAAUGGCUAAAUCAGUUAAACCAAGGAGUUCAACUUUAAUGAAACCUACAGCCAGUCAUUUGGCCAAACAAAAUAAAGCACAGGAUCCAUAUUUGAACAGAUUUUGCGGAAGGUCUCAAAAGCCAAGAACUAAAGUAGCUGAGAGUAAUGUGUUGAAUUCACCUCCACUUGAAAGCGAGGCGACCAAAAGACAAAAGCUAGAAAGUGGUUACUUGCUUAAGGUUGCUCAUCUGAAGCACCAAACUCUGUUGCUACACAAGAUGGCUAAAAAGCGUGCACCCAGUGAUUCUAACUCCGUGAAUUCCAGAUCAAAGGGUACCAUUCCAAGAGAGCCUGAUCUAGAAACAGCACAGAGGGCCCAACGGCGUAGUUUCAGGUCCAAGAAUAGUUUUGAACCAGGUGAACAAGCAAAACGAAAUGCUCGUAUGUUUAAAGCACGGCCCUUGAACAGAAAAAUUCUUGAGGCUCCUUCUUUGUCCCUUCCGAAAAAGAGCACGCCAAAAUUGCCGGAGUUUCAGGUAUUUCACUUGAAGACCAUGGAGAGGGCUAUGCAACAUUCAUCUGCUAAUGUUUUAAACUCGCACAAUCCUGAUUCUGUUGUAGACUGUGAGUCCACAGAUUUCAGAAGAUUGAACCCCGAAGAUGCGUCAAAACAGCAGAAAGAAAGAUUGCCCAAGUCUAAAGUUCACCCUUUCAGUAAAAAGAUAUUUCCAAGCAAGGGAGAUAAUGUCAUCCGGAAUAGCACACUGGAAACAACGGACUGCCAGUUUCCAAGUGAUAAUAGGCUUCCACAGAAUCCACCAAUAGAAUUAUUUAGUAAGCUCUCCUUGAAAUCUGGACUGGAGAAUAAUACAAUAUCUCAGCCCAAACAGCAUGGGUCCGUUAAGGGCUCAAAGGAGAAUGCACCUUGUCCUUUCCAGCUUGAAUUUUGUAGGAGAGUUGGAAAGCUGAAUCAAUGUGGGAGUGACAGGAGGUUUCCCGAAAUUGGAUCCCAGCCCAACAUUAACAGGAGCUUGGACAUUCGCUGAGAAAGCUGAAGCAAGGACUUUCUUCUGCAACUGCUGCUGUAGAGGGGUAAAUCUGUAUUUAUUAUCCAUAAUUUGUCUCGAAUCUCUCAGCAACGUAGAUGUUCUUGCAUUUUCAGAUUCCAAUAGGUUCUAAGCUCGAUAGCAAAUUUUCAUCUU